ACUCCCCUCCAUAGCGACUUGUUCCUUGCUCCGUCUCUUCUUCUUACUUGAUCACAUACAACCAAAAAAAAAAAAAAUCAUGGCUGCCAUUAAACUCCAUGGGAACAUGAUCUCAACAGCUACAACGCGAGUUCUAGCCACCCUUUAUGAGAAAGAUCUUGAAGCUGAGUUUGUCAAUGUAGACAUGAAAGCUGGUGAACAUAAAAAAGAGCACUUCCUGUCCAAGAAUCCAUUUGGUCAAGUUCCAGCUUUUGAAGAUGGAGAUAUGACGCUCUUUGAAUCAAGGGCAAUCACUAGAUACGUUUGCCACGAGUAUGCAGACAAGGGGACUCCGCUGUUACCACCUGGAGACUCUACGAAGAAAUCAACCAUAUCUGUGUGGAUGGAGGUGGAAGCCCAUCAAUUUGACCCCCCAGCCACAUUGCUUACCUGGGAGCUGGCAAUAAAGCGACUGUUUGGGUUGAAAACAGACACAAAAGUUGUGGAGGAGAACGAACCUAAACUGGCCAAGGUUCUUGAUGUCUAUGAGACUCGACUGGCUAAGUCAAAGUACCUGGGAUGGGACUGCUUCACCUUGGCUGAUCUGCACCACCUGCCCAAUAUAGAGUACUUAAUGGGUACUCGAAUUAAAGAGCUCUUUGAUUCGCGCCCCAACGUCAGUGCCUGGGUGGCUGAUAUCAGAACAAGGCCAUCUUGGUUGAAGGUCCUUGCCGCGCAUAAGCAGUAAUUAGGAGUUUGCAGAUAGUGAUGCAGCCUACUAUAUGAAUUUUGUCUUUCCUCAAUAAGAGCACGAGAGUUUUGAGCUCAUGUAUUUUGAUUCUAGUGUCAUAGUCUUCCCAUUUUCAAUGUCAGCAUUACCUUUUUAUGUUGCUUUCA